AUUUCAGUACUCUCUCUCUCUCUCUCUCUCUCUCUAUUUACCUCACCUCACACAGCCUGUACUCUCUCACUCCUCUUUCUCUCUCUUCCCAAAAACCCAGAGAGACAAGAAACAAAAAAGAAAGAUAGAAAAGUAAACCAAAACCAAAAUGCAGGUUGUCCAAAACAGCCUGUGAGUUUUGACCCUUCAAAAACCAAAACCAAGCGAUGCCUGGAGAGCUUUGAACAACACAACCCCCCCAUUUAUCCACCACAAGCAAAAAAAAAAAAAAAACAAAACAAAACUUGAGGUUUGAGUAGAGCAAAAAUGAAGCCUCAAAGGCUUCCCAUUUUCUCUUCUCUUUCUCUUCUUCUUCUUCUCCUUCUGGUUCUUGUUGUUCUUGUUCCUUUUGCAAAGCCAGAUCUGAGCUCCGACAGAGCAGCUCUUCUAGCUCUCCGCAAAGCCGUCGGAGGAAGAACUCUUCUGUGGAAUGCGACCCUUCAGAGCCCAUGUAAUUGGGCAGGAGUCAGAUGCGAGAACAACCGAGUAGCUGUUCUCCGUCUUCCCGGCGUGGCUCUCUCUGGGAAUCUCCCGAACGGCAUAUUCGGCAACUUGACAGUUCUGAGAACUCUGAGUCUUCGUCUCAACGCCCUAAAAGGUUCUCUGCCUUCAGAUCUGGCCUCAUGCGUUGGCCUCAGGAAUCUCUACCUUCAAGGCAACUUCUUCUCCGGCGAAAUCCCCGACUUUCUCUUCACUCUACGCGAUCUUGUCCGUCUUAACUUGGCUUCCAACAACUUCUCCGGCGAGAUAUCACCGUCGUUGAACAAUCUGACUCGGUUGAGGACAUUGUACGUUGAGAACAACCAGCUUUCCGGGUCGAUUCCGGAGCUUAAGCUUCCGGAUUUGGCCCAGUUUAAUGUCUCAAACAACUUACUCAACGGCUCGAUCCCGGCGAAGCUGCAGACAUUCUCGUCGGCUUCUUUUGUUGGAAACUCUCUUUGCGGGAAGCCGCUGUCGCUCUGUCCCGGAAAUAAUGUCACUAUACCCUCCGGAGAAGUCAACAUUAAUGGAAACGGAAAAGGGAAAGGCUUGUCCGGUGGAGUUAUCGCCGGGAUUGUUAUCGGGUGCGUGGUCGCCGCGUUGGCGAUUAUCAUACUCCUGAUCGUUUUUUGUAGGAAGAAGAGGAUUCAGAAGACGAGCUCCGUCGAUGUCGCGGCGCUUAAGCAUCCGGAAUCGGAGGCUCGGGGGGAGAAGCCGGCGGAGACGGAGAAUGGAAGGCACAAUAGCAACAACAACGGGUUUUCGGUGGCUUCAGCGGCGGCGGCGGCAAUGGCGGGGAACGGGAAGACUGAGGUGAGUAAUAAUGGGGUUGAUGGUGUGAAGAAGUUGGUGUUCUUUGGGAAUGCGGCGAGAGUGUUUGAUUUGGAGGAUUUGCUGAGAGCUUCGGCGGAGGUUUUGGGAAAAGGGACGUUUGGGACGGCUUAUAAGGCAGUUUUGGAAGUUGGGACGGUGGUGGCUGUGAAGAGGUUGAAGGAUGUGACGAUUUCGGAUAAGGAGUUUAAGGAGAAGAUUGAAGCUGUUGGGGCUAUGGAUCACCAGAAUUUGGUGCCUCUUAGGGCUUUCUAUUACAGCAGAGAUGAGAAGCUUCUUGUCUAUGAUUACAUGCCCAUGGGAAGCCUGUCUGCUCUUUUGCAUGGAAACAAAGGAGCGGGCAGGACACCAUUGAACUGGGAAAUCCGAUCCGGCAUUGCCCUUGGUGCAGCCCGCGGCAUCCAAUAUCUCCACUCACAAGGCCCCAACGUCUCCCAUGGAAACAUAAAGUCCUCAAACAUCCUUCUCACAAAAUCCUACACAUCCCGGGUCUCGGAUUUUGGCCUAGCACACCUGGUCGGCCCGUCCUCCACCCCCAACCGUGUGGCAGGAUAUCGAGCCCCAGAGGUGACCGACCCCCGGAAGGUGUCCCAAAAGGCUGAUGUGUACAGCUUUGGGGUACUCCUAUUGGAGCUCCUAACAGGAAAGCCCCCAACUCAUGCACUAUUGAAUGAGGAAGGAGUCGACCUUCCUCGAUGGGUUCAGUCCAUAGUGAAAGAGGAAUGGACUUCUGAGGUGUUUGAUCUUGAGCUUUUGAGGUACCAAAAUGUUGAGGAAGAAAUGGUCCAGAUGUUGCAGCUUGCAAUAGACUGUGCUGCUCAGUACCCUGAUAAGCGCCCCACAAUGUCUGAAGUGACAAGUCGUAUUGAGGAGCUUUGUCGUUCCAGCUUGAGAGAAGAUCCUCACCCUGAUCUUGUCAAGGAAGCAGAUUGAUUGAGUUUGGAUUUUGAGGCGCAUUAUUAAUUGGCUCUUGUAGAAUCAUGACAACCUUGCUUUGCUAUGGCCAUACUCUGUGUGUUAAAUCGGUUUUCUUCUUUUUUUCUUUUUUUCUUUUUUCUUUUUUUUUUUUUUUUUUUUUUUUUUUUUUUUUUUUUUUUUUUUUUUGCGUUCUGCUGUAUGUUUCAUCUUUGGGCGUAAAUCUUUCUUUCUUUUUUUCUUAGCAGCCAAACUGUGAAUUUUAUUUUUUAUAAUUCCCCAUUGUACUUUUUUUUUUCCUUAAA